GCUAGAGCUUUUCUCAGCUGGCUUUGGCAGAAAGUCCUUAAUGAGAAUGGACAGACUCACACUAACAUUCGUCAGGUUUCUAUUUGUUAUAUUGAAAGUUUACUGGCUCGAGGAAAUUUUAUUACUUUUAGUUUGCUCACGGAUUAUAUUAAAAAAAUGUCUGUUUGGAUAAAUGAGUACAUUAAAUCGCACAAUAAGCCUGAACAUGCCUACUGUGAUGUUAGUGCACACGCAGUUUUUUACUCAAUGUGUAAAGCUGUUUUUUAUGUAGUAGCUUUUAAAAGUCGAGAUCUUACUUCCACACAAGAAAAUCUUAAAUUCCUCGAAAAUCUCGGCCUAGGAAACAUGGUAACCUGCAACUUGAACCCUCUCCGCGCCUGCGAUGCAAGGUUUGUCCAGCGGUUUGCAGACGUAAUGCGAGACUACGAAAUAGUCUACUGCCACUCUAAAAUAAACGACAACUUGCGGAAUAACUUGCCAGUGAUACAGACUACGAAAAAGUUCAUAAAACAACUGGAGGUAUUUUACCCCUUCGACGCUUACGUAUUGCUCCAGAGCUCGGAGAAGAUAAAGCCAAUUUAUCAAGAGUACCAAGCUGCAAAUCCUGCGUUAAGGUCUAAAGAAAUUUUAAACACCGAGAACAGCAAUAUGGAGAACGACGAGGACGACUACAUGGAUGACUUUGGGACGCCGCAUCCUGAAGACUCAGUUAUUAACCCCUUAAUGGAGCAAUGCUCUUCACCUCCUAAUUUUAUGGAGACUUGA